AUGGUCAUUGAUGACAUAUCCCAGGUGUUGGUUGACAUUAACUGUCGCUACAUCCAUUACGUCAUCCGCGCCAACACAUCGGCGUUCCGCCUGCGCAGCUGGAUUAACGGGACUUACCACGCGCGACGCCACACCGGUCUUCACUACAUCCUCAUUGCUGACGACCGCAACAUGCAGCGGGUCAUGGAUUUGGCGGGAAUGUACGACACCGCAGACAAAGGGAAGACAGCCUUGUACUUCUUUUCCAGAUGGCUUGUCAUUUCUGGACGACACGGGGUGGAGCUUGUUACUCAGAACAUCGGUGAUCUUGAUCAUGUGGCUAUCAUGACGCUUCAAGACGUUGGCGAAAAAACGUUGGUGAACAAUCAGGAUAGGCCUAUAACCUAUUCCAGGCAGUGUCCCAUACACGGCAAGGAUGACCCUGACAGUUGUUACUCUGACAGCGUUAACCUCUUCACCCUCUACUACAAGCCCGAGGGGAAGGUGUUCUGCUGCACGGGCGUCUGGAACAACCACAGCCUUCGGCUUACGGGUGACAUGUUCCCCAAUACCAAGUUUGGUUUUAACAAUCGCACUCUGAAAGUGGCAACAAAUAUGUGGCCUCCGUUUGUGUUUCGCAACAAAAGCAGUACCGAGGAGUUCACAGGGUUUACAAUGGAGUUGCUUCGGGAAGUGGCGAGUUCGAUGAACUUCAGUUAUACCCUCCAAGUUCCGGCAGAUGGGGAGUGGGGUAUGAAGGCAAAUGGACGGUGGACGGGUCUGGUUGGAGACCUGUACUACGGCAACGUGGACCUGGUCGCAGCUCCAAUCGCUCAGACAACGUUCAGGGAAGAAGCCUGUGACUUCACGUAUCCUUACUUCUACGAGUUUAGCGUCAUUCUGAUCAAGAUGCCGGAUCCUAUGGGUCAGAAAUGGCGUGCUUUGCUGGACAUAUUCUCCUGGCCUGUUAUGGUGUUAGUGAUAGUAUCUCUGCCUAUUACGGCACUGGUCGUGUAUUUCGUGGAGAAGGCAGAUCCCGUGCCCAAACGCCGACAGAUCUACAUGACGAGAUCGGGUGUCAGCAGCUACACCGUGGCCACUUGGUAUCUUUUCGGGGCAUUGCUCUCCCAAGGAGGCAUUUUGAACCCCAAAUCUGUUUCCGGACGGACCCUGAUAGGUUUCUGGUGGCUCUAUUGCAUCGUGGUGACGGCCACGUUCACCGGCCAGCUCAUGGCCACUCUCACAGUGACGUCAGUUAAACCUCCGUUCAACAGCAUCGCCGAGAUGGUCGCGCAAGACGGCUACAAGUGGGGGACGGCCUCAGGCGGAACAGUCAUUUACGUCAGUCUUAAGUCAUCUAAAGAUCCAUCUUUUCAAGCUGUCUGGCAAGGAAUCCUAAAGUUUAAUAACACCGACCCGGAAGUGCUGGAUGAUAGCAUGUACGUCCAUUUCAGGAAGGUACAGGAAGGGUCAUACGCCUAUCUAACGGAUAAAUCAGGAGUACUUGAGCUACUCAGCAACAACUGCGAGCUCAAAAUACUCAAGGAAGAAUUCUUCCCCACUCAGUAUGCAUUUGCCUUGCCAGAAGGAUCGCCCUUGGUGGACAUGUUUUCAGAACGAAUAUUUACCAUCAGCUUUGUGUGUUACAGUAUAUUUACCAUCCAGGAAAGCGGCUUGCUCAAGAUCUGGGAGAAGAAUUGGUGGCCGAGGAAUAACUGUACCGGUCUACCGCGGACACAGGCUGUCAUGAUGGAUAUGAAAGACGUACAGAGUGCCUACUACGUGCUGGUCAUCGGAAUAGGAGUGGGACUUUUUGUACUUUUGGUGGAAAAGACAAAAAACCUUAUAGACAGAAGGAAAUUACGAGCGCCACCAUCUGCCAGAAAGCAACCUUCUAGGAAUGAUUCUUUGGAAAACUUUGACCGUGUUGAAAUGGAGAACACGGACGCCAUGACGGUCACAUGUAUCCCAGAUGAGAAUUGUACAAUGUAUAACAGCAUUAGUGGCGAAAAUUUGAACAUCAGGCAGCUUAAACAACCGGACUGA